UAUUUUCAAUGUACGAUCAUGACUCCCGGUUAUGACUUUCGAAGCGUCACCCAAAAAUUUGGCCGCCAUCACCUUUUUGCUGUGACCCGACAAAGUGUGCCUCAACUUUUUAUCGGCAACGGUCCACAAUCGACUAGUGGAGUCAUUGCAACUUGUCAAUAGCAACGAACCCUUCAAAUCAAAUUCAAUGGAAUUUAUCGUCGCAUUGCUUCCAACGAACGUUACACAGGGCUUCAUUGUGGACAAUCGCACAUCCCACAUUUUCACCUUUCGAUCAGCGCCGCCAGUUGCAAAUAGGUAUUUCGCAGGAGUCCAACACACUGCAUUCACUUCACCGUCAUGUGCUUCGAACUUUAGGUGUAUUCCCUUUGGUAUGGUGUCAGUGUAAUCUUCUGGUGAAGCUUGAUUCGAACCACUGGGAAGAUUAUCGGAAGUUUUAACGGGUUUGCUCGUUUCUUCACCCAAUUUGUGAAUCGACAACGAUUUGUGAGGAACAAUUUUACUAUACAAUUCGAGAGAAUAGAUGAUUUAAAUGAGAAAAACUACGUUUUACACCGAAAAUUGGCUUGAACAAUAUGAAUAUGUAGUUUUUAGAAGAUGUUUGAAAAAAAUGUGAAUUUAAGUCUUUACGAUGAAUACAAUGUUUGCACGCGAAGUCAACUGUUUUAUUUUUGUUUUCAAUCGUCGGCAAAUUUGACAUAUUUGACCGAAAAUUAGACUUUUCAAUCAAAUUGAAAAUGACUUAAAAACUAGUUUCAACUCUUUUCAAAGACUACUUUGAAUUUGACUUCGCAUUUGAACGUCACAAUGUAAAUGUGUUCAAAGAAAACUUCGGAUUUAAAUUUUGAACUAUUCUGCUAAAAAUGUAUUGAAGCAUUUUUGAAUGAGAAGGAGAACAAAAAGGAAAUGACCUUUUCAGCCAUGAAAAGGAAAUUUAUGAAUGGACAAAUUGGCGACUAUAACAUCACACUACAAGUUCAACCACUCAUGAGAUUCACUCGAUUUUCACAUUUUAUAUUCGACACUAAAUUUGGACAGAAAAUUUUGAAGAUAACGCCCGAAUCUAGACCAAAUUUUCGCCUAGUAAAAGUUUCUGAGCUCCAUUUCAAAUUGUGUUGAAACAAUUUUAGAUAAGAAAUUGAAUUGUCUGAAUCGACAGAGCUUAAUGCAGUAAUGGUCUCGGGUCAGUCAUAUUCGAUCAAACCAUCUCCAAACCAUAUACUUCAAUGAAUUCAGAAUUUACUAUUUUCAGUACGAAAAACUCCUUUCUUCACAGGGCAGAAUUACUAAAAGCAACUAAUCAUUAGAAACGCGGAGAGCUUAUUUAUACUCUUGUAAAAAAAAUCUGUGUUUUUUGCUAUCAUUUUACACAGUUUCAUUCACAAAAUUGCUCUAGAACAUUCGUCAUGCGCCACCAUGAUAAGUUACUAGCUUAGAAAUGAUAUAACGGGUGUGUAAGCAUAGUAUUGAGUACGAUGGCUAUCCAGCCGCUGCUAUUCAAUAGUGCUUUUUUGCGUUUCAGAAACAAUAAAACAGUUUCCAAAAUUAAUAAUAAUAAUGAAACGAUUGUUUACAUAUUUACAAAUCUGCAUCUAUCUAGUCAAAAUGAUAAAGCACUGGUAGCUAAUACAGGUUGUUGUUCUUUCUAAAAAAACGAACACUUUUGUACAUGCAAAAAUAAAUUCAAAUUAAAUAGAAAGAAAUCUGUUAAGGCUACUCUGGAAGUAAUAGUCUAACAUAUGCUAGGUAUUUACUUCGGGUUAACUUACGCACAAGAACAAGAACAUGUUUAGCAGAAAUAAAUCGUGUGAAUAAUGUUUUCAACACGCAUUUUGAUACGUUAACGCGUUCUAUUGAUUGAAUUAUUUGUUUCAUCUGGAGUAUUCAAAAUCACAUGCUAUUGCGUCAACAUUUAACAAACAGUUUUUUUAGAAGGUUUUCUUGGGAAACGUAUUUCGAUCGCAAAUAAUGGAAACAAAAUGUGAUGUGGGAAGAAAUAAAUGGAAUAUUUUGGGUUGAUAUUUUAGAAACUCAACGAAUUUUGUGUAUUCAAAUGGUUUGAGUCAAAGGCAACCAUUUUGAUUAGCUUGGAAUACAAAAAUAUAUCUUGUGCUUGGAUUUUUUUCUUCUUCGUUUUGAGAAAUAUGUUUAUGUAGUACAUGUAUUUUUUUCGGCCUAAUUUACAUGACAAACAGCAAAUGUUGAUUGUUCUCAGUGACGCUAUAAAUUUACACGAAUUUUUCUGAACUAAAACGUCUUCUUUCGUCAAUUAAUGAUGCAAUCUGUUCAUCCAAUUCAUGGGCCCUCGAUGUCGUCACUUGGUAAUACGACCCUAUGCGAUUGAUUCUGAAGUUCAAAAUGCACGAGACUGUGAUUCGAUUCACGGGUCAUAUGCUUACUGAAAUAAAUUUCACUAUGUAUUUUCGAUCAUUCGAUCGACGUCGUCAAGUAUUCAUUAGCACUGAAAGUGUUGCGUAAUUUCGGUCAUCUAAUUACAAAGCUAAAGUUCAAUCACGGACGAUAUAAUCCGACUCAGGCUAUCGAAUGACUAAAUACUUCAAUGAUUAUUGCUCUAAUUCACUUGUUGAAAUCAAACUGCACAACUUCAGGGGGGCUGUGAUGGAUCUGUGGGACAUACCAUUUGCAAAAGUUCAAAAUGUUCAUCCAAUUCGAGGCAUUUUAUCGGCUGAGCCAUUCGACUUGAAUUUCAGUUUAGAAAAUCGUCUACGAAAGUUCAAUCAUAUCGUCAAAAAUAUUGUCUAUGCAUUUGAUGUAUUGCAUUGGAAUAUAUUAUAAGCAUUCAGCAUACUCAGACAUUGCACAACGAAUAUACCAAUAAAAAAUUUUGCAAAAUAAUUCUGAAACUCUUGUUCAAUUAAUCUUCCUCUUUAUUUGCCAUAAGAAUAUUUUUGAAUAAUUUAAUAUUCACCUUUUUCCCAAAUUGACUUCAACUUCAAAAAAACUUCGACGAAUUUUUCAAAUUGGAGACUAUAUCUUGAUGUGCCUUGGCAUCUUUUUAGAACAUUCUAAAAUAUUCCGCAUAUUUAUGCAAAAUUUAAUUUUAUAUCUAAAAUGUGGUGCUAGAAUACUUUAGUUCCAAUCAAUUGUUUCAUUAUUCCUUGGCUUAUAGUUCUAUUUAAUACAGGCAGAAAGUCUAGUGGAAAGUUUACGAGAAUUCUUUUGAAUUGUUUCGAAUAAACGGCGAAAAAUGCAUCAUGCUGCUCUGAACGCACUCUGGAUUCAUCCAUCGAUGAGUAAACAGCGAGUCUGUUCAUCAAUGACAUAAACGCGUGAAUUUCGCGUGAUUUAGCGCUGUUCCGCUGCUUUCGUUGGUAUUCAUUAUGCACGAGCGAUCUGUCAAAUGUCAACUUCUCAAUGGCGAAACAGCUAAAGGAGUUUUUUCAUUCCAAAGAAGACGAUUGUUGUAUUUCCAACAAGAAAAUUUAUUAUCUUGAUAAAAACUAAACGAAAAUCAAUCGUUUUAAAUUCAAACAAGUGUUUUGAUCGGAAAAUUGAAACCAGUCAUUUGAUUUUUGGUAAAACAUAAAUUAUUCAACGAGAGUUCUGUUGACGUAAGACGUAUUUUCUAGCCAAAUUUCGGAAUAUUUUCUGAAUUCAAAGCAAAGAUUGAUGCAAAACUAACAUUUGUGGUUCAAGAAUCAAUUCAACGGAAAACACAGCUGCAAAAAGGUUAUGGAUUUGCUGUGGAAAAAAGAGACUCGCCACGAGAGUGCUUUGUACGUGGAUAUUUUUCGCAAAUUGAAUCCCGAGAUGCGUUUUAUCUUCGGCGAAGAAAAACGAAAGUAUUACCAUAUGACCGAGACAAUGAUAAAUAUGCACGUAAGUUCGGAAAAAUGUGACGAACAAUCGAUAGUCUAUCGCAAGCAAGGCGAUGCAUUGUUCCAGCAGGGAAAUUGGCGAGAAGCGAUGCAAUUUUACAAUCGAUGUUUAUGUUUGGCAAAAGUUGCAUCGUCACACAUGGGAAUUGGUUAUGCAAAGCGUGCACAAUGCUUCUUCAAUUUGGGCAUGUACGAAAAAUGUUUGCUGGACUUGGAUUUGGCGCGAUUUUCGAAUUUUCCGAGACAACAGUAUGCCUUAUUGGAAAUGCGUGAGGCUGAAUGCUUGAAGCGAAUGGCCGAAGGAGCGGAUACCGUGUCGAUUGUUCCAAAAUUGAGUUUGAAAGCGAGUGAAAAAUACCCAGAGAUGGCGAAUGGGUUGAAAAUGAUGCGUGAUGCUGAUGCCAAUUGGUAUAUCGUUGCUACGAAAGACAUAAAAGUCGGUGAAAUUGUGAUGGUUGAGAAGAGCUUCAUUUCAACGUACAUCGAGUCAUAUCAAAAAUGCUGCAUUUGUUCGGUUACCCUAGCCAAUUUGUUACCAUGCAACAAAUGUUCAAAGGUAUUAAUGUGUCCAGAUUGCAACGGAAGCAUUUUACAUAAAGUCGAAUGUGAUGCUCAAGUGUUGUUCUGUGACAAUUAUCCGCCCGUUUCCGAUACAUUCCGUUCGAUUUUGUUGGCGAUGACAAUGUUUGAGGAUGCCGACGAGUUGAUGAAUUUCAUCGAACCGAUUGUUGCCACCGAUUUAUCCAAACUUCCACCGUCAAUCAAUGACGAAAAGAGCAAGUAUCGCGGAUUUUUGCAUCUAGCUCACGAUUCAUUCAAUUUGAAAGAAGACACUGCAAUGGCAUUCGUCAAUUACAGUUCGCUAAUGGGUCAUGACACUGUCAGCCAGUAUUUCCAUACCGAACAACAUCAACGAUUUCUCAUGCAUCUGGUGUUUCAUCACUUCAGUGCGCUGAAAUCACGUGGACUCAGCUCAACGGUAGUUGGUUUUGAUGAUGACACCGAACAAACGGAUUUCACUUUCCUACUUGCCACAAACUUUGGCCAUUCAUGUGCUCCACAUCUUACACUCAGAAUAGUCGAUGGAUACGCGGUUAUGGUCAGUGUACGACCCAUCACAAAAGGACAACCCGUAUUACUGUCACAAAACGAAAUGAUCCUGAUGAACAGUGUCGAUGAACGACAACAAGCGAUGCAAGACGAACUUGGACACAAAUGCAACUGUGAACGAUGCGAAUUUCAAACGAGCACACCCAAUGUUUUUAUACGAGAUCCCAGAAGGGCUGCCGAUCCAGACUUUCAAUUCAUCAUACGUCAGUUGAAUAGCAAUACUAGGUACGACGAUGCAAAUUGCGAAGAUUUCGUGAAAUGUGCCGAAAGAUUUCUCAAUAAAUACGGCCAUCAGAAGUGGGACGAUGUAUUGGAUACGGUUUUCUUGUGCUACUACUGUGCUACCAAAUCGAAAUACGAACAAUCCAACACUUUUCUACAGAAGCAUUGAACCAGCGAUGCCAGUGAACCAGUAGAAGAACACUUCGAAUCACACAAAAACACAGUUUUCAGAGAAUAACGAUUUUUUAUUAAACAUUUUCAUUCAAAGAUAAAUUAAUCUUGGUAGUUCUUGGCCAGAUUCAAACAAAUAGAUUUAAAAACAUUUUUUUUUCGUUCAAAUUAAACUUGAUCUCGAUCGGUUUUCUUAUUUCUCAUACAUUUUUUCAGCUUUCAUAUUUGCUGGGUCUAUAGUUGAGCCAUUUCAUUUGUCACAUUAUUGACCACAUAAGUUUCCAUACAUUUCGUGAAGUAAAUAGCAUACAUUUUUCAUAUUCAUAGCUCUUGAAUAAGCUAAUAAUUCUAUUUUACUUUUGUCAAUUUUCAUUUACAAAAAAACGAAUAAACAAAAUCGAAACAGACUUUUGAGUUAAA